AUGCCUAUCCGCUUGGAAGACAGUCAAGAACUCCUGUCCCAUGGCGGAGAAGUCGUCGUUAGCGGCGCUAGGAUGAUGUGGGAAGGAUUUGCGGAUUUUGCGCUGCAAGACAAUGUGAUAGAGGUUGCCGUGGGCUUAAUCAUCGCAGCUGCCUUCACAACGGUCGUGACUUCCUUCGUCUCAGAGAUUCUCCUCCCGCCACUAUCGCUUCUCCCGUUUGUGCAUCGGAACCUGGAUGAGAAAUUCGCGGUCCUGAGGAGGGGCCCGAUGUACAAUCAGACUGAUGGCCAUGGCUACAACACGCUUGACCAAGCAACGAGUGACGGAGCUGUAGUAAUGGCAUACGGAGCUUUCGUCAACAAACUCAUCAACUUCCUCGGCGUCGGCUUGGCUUUGUAUCUCGUCGCGGCCCUGUACGACUUGUCCGGGACGAAAAGUGAUCCGAUCAUUAAGCACAUGGUCAAGUGCAAGUAUUGUCGCAAGAAGAUUAGCUCAAGGGCGCAACGUUGCAUUAAUUGUACCAGUUGGCAAGAUGGACGAGAGGAUAAGCCACACGAGCGGCCAGGUCCCCACCCUCUGAUUGGCGAUCAUUGA